CAAGUCCUAAUUAAACAAGAAGAAUACGUCGACAAUGAUGCAAACAUAUAGUUCGAAGCUCUCUCUCUCUCUCUCUCUCUCUCUCUCUAUAAAUCCAAGAUUUCGGCAGCCACUGUGAAGUUGGAACCAAGAAAACCUAAUUAGAAUGAAAAGGAAGUUAAUGGAUCAGAACAUGGGAUCAGAGAUUAGAUGUGCCAUUGAAGAACUCUCCGUUAUGGUCAAAGUUAAAGGUGGUAUACUGGUCCCAGCGGCUGAAAAUGGUGGUGGUGAUCAUGCUCACGAGGCUGCCCAUAUUCCCACCAGGCCUUUUCUUUCUCUCUGCACCUUGAUUCUUCAAGUUCUUGAUAAAAUAGGACCAACAAUGGCUGUUCUAAGCCAAGAUGUCCAUCAAAAUAUUCGGAGGUUGGAAACGAAACAUGAAUCAGAUCCUCCAACAUAUUCAAAUAUGGUUGACAUGUUGAAAAACGAGACGACAGAAGGCAUUGCUAGAAACGUUACCAGUUGUAGUAGAGCCUUUGUUUGGCUCACCAGAUCCCUAGAUUUUACAGUGGCCUUAUUGCAAAAUUUAGUAAGAGAUCCCGGGAAAAAUAUGAAGCAGGCAGUGGAAGAGUCUUAUACCAUUACUUUGAAGCCAUGGCAUAGAUGGAUUUCAUCAGCUGCUUCUAAAGUAGCUCUAAUGCUAGUGCCAGACAAUGAAACAUUCAUUAGUAGCCUCAUGGCAAAAGAUGAAAACUAUGACGACUUGAAGCUGGAAAUAGAGACCUUAGUUUCCUUACUUGUGCCUUAUCUGGAACAAAUCCACUCGAUUCUGAAAUUUUAUCACUUGGAUAGGUUGAAAUCUAACUGAGGUACACACGUAAACAAAGCAGAAUUAAUGUGUACAGCCAUAAGUCAAAGAUUCCAGUAUUCCUAUUGAUGUAAAUAUGUGCAAAUUGUAUUUGGUUGUUAUGAUAAGCAAAAUUGUCUUCGUGAUUCGUAUAAUUAAUUAAGUAUUAUCUAAUGUAUCUCAACAUGAAGGAACAUCUAUGAUCUAUCUAGCUAUGUUCUCCUCUGUACAGUUUUAAUGGAAAGUACUCGUAAAUCAUAAAUAUUAGGCUUGGCUUCAA